CGUCGCGGGGAAGAAAUGACAGAGAAGCGACCCAGCACAGUGACCUUGGGCGGGCCUGGGGGGCCGCGGGGGCUGGGGUUUGGGGCAGUCUGUAGGAUUCAGAUAUUUGCCGCGAUCUUUCCGCUGCUGUUGUCUGCGGCAGUAUUCGGGGCUAGGGCAGAGAACGACGUCCGUCUGGUUCAGCCGCUGGUGACCAUGGAACAGCUCCUGUGGGUGAGCGGGAGGCAGAUAGGCUCUGUGGACACUUUCCGCAUCCCGCUCAUCACAGCCACUCCUCGGGGCACUCUCCUUGCCUUUGCUGAGGCCAGAAAAAUGUCCACAUCGGAUGAGGGGGCCAAAUUCAUCGCUCUGCGGAGGUCCAUAGACCAGGGCAGCACAUGGUCUCCUACGGCAUUCAUUGUGGAUGAUGGGGAGACUCCAGAUGGUUUGAAUCUGGGGGCAGUGGUGAGCGAUAUUGAAACGGGAGUGGUAUUCCUUUUCUACUCCCUAUGUGCUCACAAGGCUGGCUGCCAGGUGGCCUCCACCAUGUUGGUGUGGAGCAAAGAUGAUGGUGUUUCCUGGAGCCCGCCCCGGAACCUCUCCUUGGAUAUCGGCACUGAGAUGUUUGCCCCUGGACCAGGCUCUGGCAUUCAGAAACAGCGGGAGCCACGGAAAGGUCGUCUCAUUGUGUGUGGUCACGGGACGGUAGAGCGGGAUGGGGUCUUCUGCCUCCUCAGUGAUGACCAUGGCACUUCCUGGCACUAUGGCAGUGGGGUCAGCGGCAUUCCCUAUGGGCAGCCUAAGCGAGAAAAUGAUUUCAACCCUGAUGAGUGCCAGCCCUAUGAGCUCCCAGAUGGGUCAGUUGUCAUCAACGCCCGGAACCAGAAUAACUACCACUGCCACUGCCGAAUUGUCCUCCGCAGCUAUGACGCCUGCGAUACACUGAGGCCCCGUGAUGUGACCUUCGACCCUGAGCUUGUGGACCCUGUGGUUGCCGCAGGAGCUGUAGCCAUCAGCUCUGGCAUUGUCUUCUUUUCCAACCCAGCCCAUCCAGAGUUCCGAGUGAACUUGACCCUGCGCUGGAGCUUCAGCAAUGGUACCUCAUGGAGGAAAGAGACAGUCCAGCUCUGGCCAGGGCCUAGUGGCUACUCAUCGCUGGCAGCCCUGGAGGGCAGUGUGGGCGGGGAGGACCAGGCCCCCCAGCUCUUUGUCCUGUAUGAGAAAGGCCGGAACCACUACACAGAGAGCAUCUCCCUGGCCAAAGUCAGCGUGUAUGGGACACUCUGAGCUGUACACCUGCCACAGGGGUAGAAGGCCCUGGACUCAGCCUUCAGGAUGAUGGGUCUCUACAGGCUCUGCUGGACAUGACUAAAAGACAGUUCUACUUUCCUUUAGAUCUAGCCUUUUGCAAAAUCAACUUUCUUUGACAGGGAUAUCACUCCAUUAGGACUAAAAGCCUGGCUUCUCCUCCCAUACAGGAAGUCCUGCCCCCUACCUGGAAGUGUUUCCUUUUCACAUUGUUGCAUCUGGCCCCCUAUACUUUCUGCCCUCCCCAGGACAAUGAUUGGUCCUUUCCUUGGGCAGGGCCAGGUGGACCUGUAGAAUUGAAUAAAUGUGGACUCAGAAUUGGGGAAGGCUGAGCUUCCUCUUUGAGGUAAGAUACUGGCUUUGGAAAGGAUUGGUGAAGGGUCUGGCGGGGUGUGGUGUUUACUGUCAGGGAAAGGAACUAGACUAGAUGAACCCCCGACCUCAACAGUUUAUGGAUCAAAAUCUUCAUAACACAAUGUCUUUAAUGAAAGUGAAUGAGCAGGUGUAGAGUCUGUGGUUCAGUCAAUGCCCGUCUUCAAGUCUGUGUUCCUUAUGUACUCAGUGGGGCUGGGAAUGAGCUCUAGGAAAGAUGCUGUUGUGCUGUGGCCUGUGAACAUCUGACUUUGGUAAAUCAAACCCUCCUUUCCCUUUCACAUACUUUCUCAUCACUGAAAAACAGGUUGACCUUCACAGGUGUAAUGCACAGUCAGAGGGGAACCCCAUAAGGUAUUCAAAACCUGCUCUGUUUUGUAUUUCUAACAAGAGUGGGUGCUGUCCUCCACAAGGCAUGGAGCAAUUGUGUACAGUACAGAUGCCAAGCCUCUCCCAGGCUAGCCUGGCAGAGAAUAACACUGGGACAAAUUAUGGGAGAAAAAAGCAUCUUCAUUCUAUAGCAGAUGCUGGGAAAAGAACCUCAGCAACUACAGGUGAGUGGGAGAGCCACAGCAUUCCUCCCGAUGGAGGGAGAGUACAACGCCUGGACAACAUGGUAAGAAUGUCUCUCAUGUAAAGGGAUGAGGGCCACAUUCAUUUGCAGUUAGAAGUUUGUUUCACUUGCAGCUGCUUCUCUAGCAAAUGUUAGGGUGAUUUAUCCUGUCUGAUGGAAGAAGUGGAAUAAUACCACUGUGUGAAGACAUGGUAUAAUUUUGUUAUAUUUUAUCCAGAAUUUAUGACCAAUAAUGUAAAACUUCAAGUUUUUAAUUUAUAGACAUUUUCAAAAACUCUCAAAAGUAAAUAGCUUAGGAAGCCCCAUGUACCAAAUAUCCAUCUAGUUUCAAUGGUUAUCAAGAUA